AUGAAAGUCAUAAAAGUGUAUUUUUUUCUUUUCAUUAUGGUAAUUAUUGGAUUAUUAGGAUGGGGAAAUGUAUGCAACGAAUUAAAAGAAAAAAAAAAUAUGCUCUUAAAAGAAUCUCCAGAUAAAUUAUUAAGCGAAAAAAGAAAGAAAAAAUUGGUUUACUCAGUUAUAGGUACUCUAAGUGCCCUUCUUGGAAUAGCUAUAUUUGGUAUGGGUAUUAAUAGUCAUUUUAAGGAAAAAAAGAAAACUAUUUGGGAUGAAGUUGGUAAGGAUAUGGAUAGUAUUUUAAAUAGAACUAUAGCAGUUGGAAUAUGGAAAACUAGAAAAAAUUGCAAAAGCGAAAUUCAAGAUAUUGAAAAAAUAAUACCAUCUCAAGAAGAAAUACAAAAUGUAUUAAUAUAUCAAAUAGAAAAUAAAAAUAUAAAAAUUACAGAUGGUUAUAUGAAAGAAAUACAAAAUUUGAGUAAAUAUGUAUUAUAUAAUAUAAGAAAUUCUAUGAAACAUUAUACUAAAACUUUAUCCUAUUAUUCAUAA